GAAUAUAUAUUUAUAUAUACACGAUCUUCAACACUCGAGCGCAGUACACAAAGACACAAGGUUUAAACCGCACGUGUCUGUUGAUUUAUCGAUAAAAAGUGUGAGUGACAUAAAAUCGACAUGGAACCUGUGAAUCUCAUGAAAUUAGAUGGGAAGAAAUUGAAAGAAUUUUUAAACUCGUUCGAUUACGUGUUCUCGGACUGUGACGGCGUGCUGUGGACCACAGCUCCUCUGCCAGGCGUGGGGAAAUUCUUCGAGCUGAUUAAAGGAUUUGGAAAAAAAGUACACUUCGUGUCUAACAACAGUAUAAGAACUAAAGAAAAUUAUGACUCAAACUUUCAGGAUGCUGGCAUUAAGGAUGGAAUCAAUAAUCUUACAAUCCCGUCAACUGCUAUUGCUGAAUAUCUGAAAUCGGUGAAUUUCAACAAAGCUGUGUACUGUGUAACUUGUCCAGAGACUGUAGCAGUACUGGAGUCAAAUGGAUUCAAAUGCAAGGAAGGACCAGAGAUAGGCACUCAUUACUACGGUGACUACAUAAAAUACUUAGCCGACGAUGAAGAGAUAGGUGCCGUUGUAUUCGAUAGCGACUUCAAGGUGAAUCUGCCUAAGAUGUACAAGGCCCUUACUUACCUCAAGAGGCCAGAAGUACUCUUUAUAAACGGAGCCACUGACAGAUACGUAACUUUGGAAAAGGAAUCCUUAGCUUUAGGUACAGGAGUAUUUAGCGAGAUAGUGAGUCAAGAAUCGAAACGUACGCCAAUCUUGCUUGGAAAGCCAGGACUUGCGUUCGGCGAAUUUGCGAUGAAACGAGCAGGUGUUACAGAUGCAAGCCGUGUGCUUUUCAUUGGUGAUAUGAUAGAACAAGAUGUUGGUUUGGGCAGAGCGGUAGGUUUUCAGACUAUGCUAGUGUUGACAAAUAAAACAAAAGAAGAAAUGCUGUCACACCCCACAUUAAAACCAGAUUACUACGCCGAUUCCUUAGGGAGUUUAGUUCCUGUACUUAGCAAAGUACUUAAUAAUUAUGUGAAUGAAAUCUAAUGAUGUUUUUUUAUUCUGAAAAAAAAUGCCAUCUUGUUUUUUUGGACUCAAGUAUAUAUAACACUAAACGAUAUAAACUUUACCAAGGAAAAUAUAUUUUGUGAUUGUAAUUUUAUUUGGAAUUGUAUAAUGUAAAUUUUGUUUUAUGAUUUUAUAAAAUAGCAAUCGAAUUAAAUGUAUAAUUAAAUAUUAUGUACUUAGGUAAGUAUCUAGUACUAUACAUUUCUGUCAACACUACAAACAAUGUACCCGAGAAUCAAUACAGUACUUAUUUAUUAUUUUAUUUAUGUAUAAAUGCUAUUGUUGCCAGUGCGCAUUUUAAUCAAUAUUAUUUACAG